UUCAAGUUAAUUUCCUAAACAGUAGGAGAAAGAAAUUGAGAGCAAAGAAGACCAGCUCAACGUUGUCUCUACUAAAAUGCAUCAAAUUUCGGAUCCUCCCUCCCAUUUCUCUUCCAUUCUCAAAUCCUUACCCUAACUCAAAAUAAAAGAAACUUUCACAACGUUUUCUUUUUUGUUAUUUUCAUUAAAACAAAUUUAUUCUCCUUUGUCUGUUCUUUUUGGAAUGUUUAAUGUCCUAGAAGCUGUAUCUGAAACUUCCACGUUAUUGGACUAAGCCGUACCGGAAAUUAUUUUCGAGUACGACUCUCUUUAUUUUACUCGGUUGAAGAUUCUUCCUUGUAGUUUCGGGAUUUUGCUCAUAUAUAGUUGAAUGAAGCUGGGGAAGCAGUUUUAGGAACGAAAUCGAUUUGAAAACGAAGUUAAAAAUUAAAGGAUGGAGAGUUAUUUGAAUGAGAACUUCGAAGUGAAGGCGAAGCACUCGUCGGAGGAAACGUUGGAAAAAUGGAGGAAAGUUUGUGGUAUCGUCAAGAAUCCGAAACGGCGGUUUCGGUUCACCGCCAACCUCUCCAAACGUUACGAGGCUGCUGCUAUGCGCCGCACCAAUCAGGAAAAAUUGAGAAUUGCUGUACUGGUUUCGAAAGCUGCCUUUCAAUUUAUAUCAGGUGUGCAACCCGGUGAUUAUGUUGUUCCUGAAGAAGUCAAAGCUGCUGGUUUUCAAGUUUGUGCUGAUGAGUUAGGAUCCAUUGUGGAAGGCCAUGAUGUAAAGAAACUAAAGUUUCAUGGUGGAGUAGAUGGUAUUGCUGAAAAGCUCUCGACAUCAACGACCAAUGGACUAACUUCCGAUUCUGGUCUGUUGAAUAAAAGACAAGGGGUUUAUGGAAUCAAUAAGUUUGCUGAGCCUGAAACUAAGGGGUUUUGGGUAUUUGUUUGGGAAGCUCUUCAGGACAUGACUCUUAUGAUCCUUGGGGCGUGUGCUUUUGUGUCGUUGAUAGUUGGGAUAGCAAUGGAAGGAUGGCCAAAGGGAGCUCAUGAUGGACUUGGGAUUGUUGCGAGUAUCUUGUUGGUUGUGUUUGUCACAGCAACAAGUGAUUAUCGCCAAUCUUUACAGUUCAGGGAUUUGGACAAGGAGAAAAAGAAAAUCACUAUUCAGGUAACAAGAAAUGCAUGUAGGCAGAAAAUGUCUAUAUAUGAUUUACUUCCUGGUGAUAUUGUACACCUUAAUAUUGGUGACCAAGUCCCAGCUGACGGGCUUUUUGUCUCGGGAUUUUCUGUGCUAAUUGAUGAAUCAAGUUUAACUGGGGAGUGUGAGCCGGUAAUGGUGAAUGCUGAAAACCCUUUUAUGCUUUCUGGUACUAAGCUUCAAGAUGGAUCAUGCAAGAUGAUGGUUACCACUGUUGGGAUGAGAACACAAUGGGGUAAGUUGAUGGCAACCCUCAGUGAGGGGGGAGAUGAUGAGACCCCACUGCAGGUGAAGUUGAACGGAGUGGCAACCAUUAUUGGGAAGGUAGGCCUGUUUUUCGCUGUAGUGACUUUUGCUGUAUUGGUGCAAGGACUGUUUACCAGUAAACUGCAAGGAGGGACAAUCUGGAGUUGGUCUGGUGAUGAGGCAUUGCAAAUGCUGGAGUUCUUUGCUGUUGCAGUUACAAUUGUUGUUGUUGCAGUUCCAGAGGGUCUACCAUUGGCUGUGACCCUGAGCCUUGCUUUCGCCAUGAAGAAGAUGAUGAAUGAUAAAGCACUAGUUCGACACCUUGCAGCUUGUGAGACUAUGGGCUCAGCAACAAGUAUUUGUAGCGAUAAGACUGGGACACUAACAACUAAUCACAUGACGGUUGUGAAAUCAUGCAUUUGCAUGGGUGUCAAGGAAGUAGGUAACAACAAUAAAGCUUCUUUCUGCUCUGAGAUUCCAGAGUCUGCUGUGAAACUUCUGCUACAAUCAAUUUUUACUAACACUGGCGGUGAAAUUGUUAUCAACAAAAGCGGAAAAUGUGAAAUAUUGGGAACACCAACAGAGACUGCUUUAUUAGAGUUUGGCUUGUCUCUGGGUGGAGAUUCCCAAGCAGAACGACAGGCAUCAAAAAUUGUUAAGGUUGAGCCAUUUAACUCAACAAAGAAACGAAUGGGAGUGGUGCUGGAGCUCCCUGAAGGAGGGCUACGAGCACACACUAAAGGUGCUUCGGAGAUAGUUUUGGCUGGAUGUGACAAGGUGAUCAAUUCAGAAGGGGAAGUUGUUCCCCUGGAUGAAGAAUCCAUUAACCAUCUCAAUGCUACAAUCAACCAGUUUGCUAAUGAGGCUCUUCGAACCCUGUGUCUUGCCUAUAUGGAACUGGAAAAUGGUUUCUCCCCUGACAGUGCUAUUCCAGUUUCUGGGUAUACUUGUAUAGGAAUUGUGGGUAUUAAAGAUCCUGUUCGCCCUGGUGUUAAAGAAUCUGUUGCUACUUGUCGUUCUGCUGGGAUUACUGUACGAAUGGUUACGGGAGACAAUAUAAACACUGCAAAGGCUAUAGCCAGGGAAUGUGGAAUUCUUACAGAUGAUGGUAUAGCCAUUGAAGGUCCAGAUUUCAGAGAGAAGACUCAGGAGGAAUUGCUUACUUUGAUUCCUAAGAUUCAGGUGAUGGCUCGGUCUUCUCCUAUGGACAAGCAUACAUUGGUAAAGCACUUGCGAACUACAUUUGAUGAAGUUGUUGCUGUGACUGGUGAUGGAACAAAUGAUGCUCCAGCCUUGCAUGAAGCAGAUAUAGGACUAGCGAUGGGCAUCGCUGGAACUGAGGUGGCCAAGGAGAGUGCUGAUGUCAUAAUUCUAGAUGACAAUUUCUCAACAAUUGUGACAGUGGCCAAAUGGGGCCGUUCAGUAUACAUAAAUAUUCAAAAAUUUGUACAGUUUCAACUGACAGUCAAUGUUGUUGCAUUGAUUGUUAAUUUCUCCUCAGCAUGUUUGACAGGGAGUGCCCCUCUCACAGCUGUUCAGCUGUUGUGGGUGAAUAUGAUUAUGGAUACUCUGGGAGCACUAGCACUUGCAACUGAGCCUCCAACUGACGAACUAAUGAAGCGUUCACCAGUUGGAAAGAAAGGAAAUUUUAUCAGUAAUGUCAUGUGGAGGAAUAUCUUGGGACAAGCUUUGUAUCAGUUUAUGGUAAUAUGGUAUCUUCAGACAAAAGGAAAAGCAAUAUUUAAUCUCAACGGCCCUGAUUCUGAUCUGAUAUUGAACACACUUAUUUUCAAUUCAUUUGUCUUCUGUCAGGUUUUCAAUGAGAUCAGCUCACGUAACAUGGAGGAAAUAGAUGUCUUCAAGGGCAUAUUAGAUAACUACGUAUUCGUGGCUGUUCUCAGCUGCACUGCUGUCUUCCAAGUCAUUAUAGUCGAAUUUUUGGGUACAUUUGCAAAUACAACUCCUCUCACAUUCUCACAGUGGUUCCUAAGCGUUUUCAUAGGAUUCAUAGGCAUGCCCAUUGCUGCUGCGUUGAAGAUGAUCCCAGUAUGAGCCACCAAAACGGCAGAUGCUAUUUUGUGAAUGACAUCAUCGAAAGCCUUUGAUGCCUCUCCCUUGCAGUGUAGAUUACUUAGUGACUAGAAAGCUGUUUGCAAAGAAGGUAAAUAGAGAGUUUGGAACCAAAAUCUCAUCAGCAUUUAAGUGUCAUUACAAUUUUUUUAAUUUUGAAACUUCUUCUGGAUUGGAUUUUCUGUUUAUAGGACAAGCACUUUGCUUGUUUUGUUUUGUAAUUUCUUGUUCUUAAUUUCAUUUUUUAAUUGACAUAUAAGGCAUGUAAGUAUUUUUUAAAAAUGUUUUGUAGUGACUGAAUAGAUAAUUAAUGCUUAGUCCUAUAUUAAGUCAGUAGGCA